CACUCCAGGUCCCCAACCCACCCUCACGUACCUGCCCACAAAAGAGUUUCGAAGCUUCGCGGCUGGCCAUCGUUCUCGUCGUGGCGCGUACCCGUGGACGAAACCCUAAGCUGAAGUUACAUGACCUAAUUCUCUAAACUCCAUUGCUUCGUCCUCGUCUCUUCUCAACUCGAUUAACAGGAGUCUCGAUUACAUUUUUUAUGAUCGGAUGCCGAAACCCUAAAGCCGAUCCCCACCAAUCGAAAUAGCGGAGUUAGCGUAAUUCACGGUCAUGGAGGAGAGGGCGAGACUCUCCCGUAAGUUUUCUAUAGUAUUUAUUAGUUUCUGUUCUUUGAUUCCCCUUUUGCUCUUUUACAACAAAGAAGACGUGAUCAGGAGCCCUCUCCUCCGCCAAAAUUCUAACUUUCAUUUGCCCUGGCGGUUGCCCCAACUCACCCCUAGUAGUCAUCGGAGGCUUGCGGAGCUUUCUUCGAUCAAUUCUUCGCAUGCUGCCUUAGAUAAUGAACGGAUGCCUGGGAAUCCGACUGAGGUUUGCUUCGGAAUAAAGCAGCACGAGGGCUUCGCCUCGAGUUGCGAAUUUCUAAAGUCCCAUCCAGAUUGCAGUUCUGGUGGAUUUGUCAAUUAUAUAUCUUUAUUCUAUUGUGGUUGUGAGAAAGUUCAAGUCUUGGGGUAUGCUAUUCUUGGUUUGUGGCUGCUGGCUCUAUUCUAUCUAUUGGGCAACACGGCUGCAGAUUACUUCUGCUGCAGUCUUUCUAAGCUCUCUAGUUUAUUGAAGCUACCGCCUACUGUUGCCGGGGUAACAUUGCUUCCGCUUGGUAAUGGCGCUCCUGAUGUUUUUGCCAGCAUCGCUGCUUUUGUGGGUUCUGAAGCUGGAGAGGUUGGUUUGAAUAGCGUGCUUGGCGGUGCAGUCUUUGUUACUUGUAUGGUGGCCGGGAUCAUCUGUUUAUGUGUUGCUGGGAAGAAUGUAGAAAUUGAUCGGAGAUGCUUCAUCAGGGAUAUUGGAUUCUUCUUAUUGGCGUUGGUGGCGUUGUCAUGGAUCUUAAUAGUUGGGAAGGUGAGUGUUUGGGGUGCUGUCAUGUUCGUUUUUAUCUAUGCGGUGUAUGCCUUUAUAGUCGCUGCAAAUGAGAUACUGAGGAAACAUGCCAGGAUUUUUAAGUUGAAUGCUGUGACGCCAUUAUUACCAGUUAGAGGGAGCAUAUUUUCUCAGGGAGAUGAAGAAGAUGAAUCCGUGUAUGGCUCUCUCCUGGAAUACGACUCAAGUGAUGAUGUGCCGCAGUUGCAUAGUAGCUUGCCUCAGUGGAUGUGGGCGUCAAAUGUGGCAAUCUACUCAAAUCGUGGGCACAAGGGUGGGAUGGGUGACAAUUCAAGGCCUUUAUGGGGAUGGAGUGAAGAUGGAGAGGAAGAUCUUCCAUUAUUUUCUUGUAGAAAACUCUUUAUGGUUAUUCAAAUGCCACUUUCACUCCCAAGAAAGCUGACAAUUCCAGUUGUUGAGGAAGAAAGAUGGUCUAAACAUUUUGCAGUAGCAAGUGCAGCAUUGGCACCUUUGCUCUUGGCAUUUUUGUGGAAUUCUAGAGGAAGUGAGAGUCUCAUGGCAAACUUAGCUGUUUAUGUAUUUGGUAGUCUUGUAGGCAUCACUCUAGGCGUUCUUGCAUUCUUUUUUACCGGGCACGAUCGCCCGCCUCAAAGGUUUUUGCUUCCAUGGGUUUUAGGAGGAUUUUUUAUGAGCAUUGUUUGGUUUUAUAUUGUCGCGAAUGAGUUGGUUGCCCUUUUCCUUGCUUUGGGUGUGAUAUUGGGAAUCAACCCGUCCAUUCUCGGACUUACAGUGAUGGCAUGGGGGAAUUCCAUGGGUGAUUUGAUGUCAAAUACUGCUCUAGCUUUGAAUGGUGGGGAAGGAGUUCAGAUUGCCAUGUCAGGUUGCUAUGCAGGACCUAUGUUCAAUACCCUUGCUGGGCUAGGGAUAUCAAUGUUGCUUGGGGCAUUUUCAACUGCACCAUCUUCAUACUUCCUUCCCAAUGAUAGUUCCUUGAUUUAUACAAUGGGGUUUCUUAUGACCGGACUCGUCUGGUCUCUGCUAAUCUUACCAAGAAGCAAUAUGCAACCCAGCAAGCUAUUAGGCUUUGGCCUUAUAGCAAUAUAUGUUAUAUUUCUCUCUUUACAAGUGAGUAGUGCUGUGGGUAUGGUUUCAAUUGGAGGUUUGCAUUGAAGAUAUUCAAAAAAGUGAUCUCUCUGUGGGCUUUGUGAUGCAGGAGCUUGUUCCUUCAUACAGCAACCUUUCCAUAUUCCACAUGCCAUGGCGACUUUUCUAACAAACUUUCUAUUUUGAAUAUUUCAACCUUUGUACAAAUGAUGCUUGGCCAUGACUUUAGCUAGGAAUAUAACAUAUAGUAAUGAGUAGUAGAUUGGACUGGUGGCAUUUUUUUUU